AUGCGCGGCGUCAAAACGCGCUCCUCGUCGUUGUCGCCAGCCUCCUCAUCGCCGCCCUCGCCGUCUCGCGCACUUCAAGAUAAAAUGACCCACGACGCCGUUUGGUUCUCUCGCCCGCGCAAGUUCGGCAAGGGCUCGCGCCAGUGCCGCGUCUGCGCCCACCAGGCCGGUCUCAUCCGCAAGUACGGCCUCGACCUCUGCCGCCAGUGCUUCCGCGAGAAGAGCGCCCAGAUCGGCUUCACCAAGAACCGGUGA